AUGCGUCGAGUGCAGCGUCAUCGCCGUUGAGUUCGCCGGCGCAGAGUCCGAGACAAGACCCCGUCGAACCUGAGCCCGAGCCUGAGCCUGAGCCCGAGCCUGAGCCUGAGCCUGUGGCAUCGACUUUGACUUUGACGAGUGUGGAACCAGUCUCACCCGAACAAGUUGCGACUAGGUCCCCUACCCGAUCCUCAUCAAUCCGCAAUCAAGAUCUGGCGUCGAGCUUCCGUCCCGACUCGCUAUCAGCUCCAGCUCACGACCCCGUCCCUGUUCCCAUCGUCGAGACACCCCCCUCGACGAGGAUCGCACGAAGGAGAUCGGCGAGGUCAUCGGUCGCGACGAGGGAUGUCGUCUUGGGAUCGAUGACCUUUGAGAAGCACCCCAAGGCGGGGAUGGUGGAGGAACCGAUCGAGAUGGAGGUCGACACUGCGGAGCAACUCAAGAAUACGCAUGGCCAAGAGGAGGCUGUGACCGCAUUGGAACGUCCUCUUUCUCCUCCAGUCGAACCCGUGGCGUCGACAUCGCCUAAAGUCGCAACGGCAACCGCAACUUCGGCCGAACCGUCCCUCCCCCUCCCCCUCGCCUCGACUUCCACCUCUGUUCCUCCACCCCCACCGACCUCCCCUCCACACCCUACACCCACCGUUACAGAACCAGGCUUCAAAACCGCCUUCACAGCUUUGGAUCCCGACUCGUCCCCGUUGUCCGAUCGAGAGAGUACCCCAGCUCGAACCCCCUCGCCUUCGCCCUCGCCUCGAAAAGUCGCGACCAAAACGAUCACCGAGGUGGAGGAGAUGGCCGAAUCGCUCGCUGAGCCAGAGGCUGAGGCUCCGCGGGGAGUGGACCGUUUACCUACAUCACCGCCGCCACCACCUGAGCCUUUACCUACGCCAGAACAAUCUACGAUCGUGGACACCAGAUUACCGGAACCUUUGCCCGGUCCCAUCCCUACCCCGACUCCCCCACCAGCAGGACCUCUUCAACGUUUACUCAACCCCGUUCGACCGCCCAUCGUCCCCUCCCUCCCCGUCUCCCCAACAACCGAACGACCACCCCCACCCGAACGACCCACACCACCCCCACCUCAAACCCAAUCACCCGUCGAAGCCAAAGUCCAAGUCGAACCUUCACCUCCCUUACCAAAGACGACGAACCCACCACCGAGUAAUUUGAAAGUGAUGCUCCCCGCUCAGUCUAUAAUCAGGAAGACGGCGCAAGGCGGUUUGAGUUUCAAGAGGCUCGUUGAUGUACCGGUGGAGUUGGACCGUUCGGGAAUUGAGGACGGGGAGCAACGAGGGGUGGGGCGGGGUAACGCUCUUGGAUCGGUAGGAGGCGAGGCGUCGGUUUCGUCGGUUUCUUCGAACGCUAUGGACGUUGAUUCAACAGGAGGGAAGGAGCAAGUCGUCACUUUGUCGGGCAGGCCUAAACGAAAUUACCAAACCAAAGGUAAAGGGAACGCCAAAACGAACACCAAGGUCGUCGAAGCCUUACCUGCUCCGGAAUCGGAAGCGCAAUCAAAUCACAUCGAACCCGGCCCAUCCGAACCCGCACCCGCACCCGUACCCACCACACCCGCGGACUCAUCCGUCCCCGAACCCAUAGCAAGCGUGAUUUCCCUCCCUACGAAAACUGAUAACGUCGAGGAUAUCUUCAAUGAUGAUUCGGGGGACGAAUUCGAGGAGGUGGUCGGACCUAAAGUGGGGGUCAAGCAGGUGGGUGAAGUGGAUGAGGAUGGGGAGAAGGAUGGGCAAAUGGAGGUGGAGGUGGAGGGGGAGGAAGGUCUACCAAAGUUGAAGCUCAAGUUGGGUGGUAAAGGGAACAAGGAGCCCAAAGAGGUCAAGGGUUCAACGCCGGUUUCGAACGCGACGACGACGAACAAGGGUUCGGGGAUGGGGAAGCAAAUUAGGCAGGACAAGGCAAGGGAAAAGCAAGAGGCGAAGGGCAAGGAAAAGGAUAAACCCGACCCUUCACCCAAGAAACGUUCGCACCCCGAACCUUCCGUUCCCGGACCGUCGUCCAAGAAACUCGUCACUUCCGCAUCCUCAAAAGCUUCGACCCCCUUAGCGACGGUCUCAACACCUGGUCCCACAACGACGACGACGGGGAACGGUGGUGGUGGUGGAACACCCUCCGCGGCUGGCGUGGGGAGUUCGGGUCGACCCCUGCCUUCUUCGUCGAGCUCGAGUGGGAUCGAUCUCUCCAAGAUGAACAAGAUCAAGAGUUCGGUCUUCCAUCCUCAAGCGAAGAAGAAACCGAAUACGGUGGCGAACCCGUUGGCGCAGUUCUUGGCGCCCAAGAUGGCGCCUGGUGUAGGGGCUGCGGGAUCGGGGAAGAAGGCUUCUGCGAUGACGGCUGGCAAGGGGGGGAAGGGGGGUGAGGAGGAGGAGGGGAAGCGGUCGCGGUAUGGGAGUGGGUGAGUGCUCGAAUGAGUAGGAGGGGGAAGCUCUGGCGGAAUUUCCCAUCUUGACGGGAUCCUUUGUUUGUGUACAGAUACGAACCGGCUACGGAGGAGAAGCACAAGGAGAUGGCCGAGAGAAGGAUCAGAGAAAGGGAAGAGAGGGAACGGUCUAGAGUGAGUCAAGUCGAACCCCUUCCUCCGCAUCAGGUCCCAUGACUGACCACCUUGUUCUCACAUAGGGCCAAGGCUUCAACCUCCUCGCGCAAAUCGAUUCCAUGGCCGCGUUUGAACACAAAUACCGCUCCAUGUACGCCAUGAGGAUGAACGAAGCGAGGUUCGUCGAGGACAGACCUUUACCGAGGGCACAGACGUUCGGCGCGGUGUUUUCGUAUUUCCCUAGUAAGGUUGAGGAGGGGGACGAGGUUGUUGGUGCUAUGUAG